UUAGUUGUCAAGGCUUAAUAUUGUCAUGGAACAAUUUGAUUGCAGCAUGGCAUAGACAACAACCAGGAUAAAAUGCAACCGGUUGGGGUUCCAGUGAGGACUAGUUGUAGCAUGUACACGCACUUAAGGCGUUCUUCAGAGUGGCUUGUCUUACAAGUUACUCACCAAAGGAAGACAUGAGUGUAAUAGGAGAGGUCAAUGUCACCCAUGUUAUAUGUUUCCUGUCAUUGUCUGACAGAUUAAAUGUCUCAAAUGUAGCCUGAAAUAAACGGCAAAGUAGUCGGUCCUUAGUCGGUUAUCCUUUCAAGUCUUAGCCAUGGAAUUCUUUAUCAUCCUUUGGAAGACAACACCAUGUGAUUCCCCAUGAACCCAUGUCUUUCUCAUUACCGAUCAGACCCCAUCAAUUUCACCUUCACCACUCAUUCCAUAUCCCCCCCUUAAUAAAAUAUGAACAUUAUUUCCUCUCUGCCCCUUACAUCUAUAUAUACAAGUAAGAUUAAGUUCAUUGCCAACACCUACCUUCAACAUUCUCAAGCUUGCUUUCUAAGUUAUCUGAGAUCCUCCACUUCUUCCUUUUUCAAAGCAUACAUCUAUUGUAAACAAAAAUGGCUAUCCGCUUGCCUCGUAUCAUAAGCUCUAAGAAAGUUCCCAAAGGCUACUUUGCAGUUUAUGUUGGAGAAAACCAGAAGAGGUUUGUGAUACCAGUGUCAUUCUUGAGCCAGCCUUUAUUUCAAGAUUUGCUAGGCAAGUCAGAAGAAGAGUUCGGAUAUAGUCAUCCUACCGGCGGCCUCACAAUUCCCUGCGAUGAAGAUAUUUUUCUUGAUGUUACCUCUCGCUUGAAUCAAUUGUGAGAGAAUCAACACAAAUCUGCCUAUACAAUUUUGUAAAGCAAAAAUGUCUAACACCAUGUAAACAUUUUUUCUCCAUCUUUUUUGCCUUGGGGAGCAAAUACAAGUCUCCCUGAGUGAUAAAUUACAGAUGGUUGUUACUGUAACUUCUAUCAAUCAGCAUGGAAAAUGACAGUUCAAAACA